AUGGGGAUGGCGAAAAGACGUAGGGAUGAGGAUGACGACAAUUACGAAUGGAUGAUCAGAAGAUGCUUUCCAUUCAAUUUUGCGAGGAGGAUCUUCUUUCAUGGAGGAGGCCUGGACAAUUCUGAUGGUCUGACUUGGAUUCGAAGCCACAAGCUGGGCCAAGGAAGCUUUGCGUCUGUAUACUCUGCAAAAUUGAUAUCAAAAUCACCGGUUCUUUUCAUUGAUGAUAAUGGCGGCAGUUGCAUCAUGCCCUCUGAAUUGGCGGUGAAAUCAGCGGAAACCUCCAAAGCGUCAUCCCUCCGCAGAGAAAUGGAGACUCUUGGUGUUCUGAAUUCCAGUUCGUAUGUGGUGCGCUGUUAUGGGGAUGAAAUCACAAGGUCGGGUGACGGAAAACUCUACUACAAUCUAUUGCUGGAGAAGUGUUGUGGGGGUAGUUUGGGUAGUCGGAUCAGGAAUUCUGGUGGGGUUGGAUUGCCGGAGAAUGAGGUGAGGUGCUAUACUCGGGAUAUAGUUCGAGGACUCUGUUAUAUUCACGGCCAUGGUUAUGUCCACUGCGACAUAAAACCCGAUAAUAUUCUACUAGCGCCGACUUGUUGCAAUGGUUUCAGAGCAAAGAUUGGUGAUUUUGGGUUGGCCAAGGAAGCCUAUUAUGACCCUGCGGAUGAGGAUGAUGAGGGAUGCAGUGGGGUGAGAGAUAUAUGGGCCCUUGGGUGUGUGGUGAUAGAAAUGAUGACUGGGAAGCUGGUCUGGAGUUGUGAACAAUUUGAAGUGUCCGACAUGAGAGAUCUUUUGAGGCGGAUAGCUUACAGCCCUGAACUCCCAGCAUUUCCAAGCAACAUUUCAGAGCAAGGGAGGCAUUUCUUGGAAAGUUGUCUUCAUAGGGACAUUGACGAGAGGUGGUCAGCCCUUAUGCUAUUGCGGCACCCUUUUCUAUCAGAGGAUGGCCAGAGUCUCCCAUCUCUUUUCCAGAAGCUGAAGCUGCCGCUGCCGCUGCCGCCACCACAAGAAGAGCAGUAUUCUUAG